AUGGCUCAGAAUCAACAGUAUUAUGGCCGCGGGCAGCCGCAACAGCAUCAGUUUUCUCAUCAUGUGGCCAAGACCACCACCGCCGUCACAAUCGGUGGCUCUCUCAUGGUUCUAUCCGGGCUAACUCUGGCGGUCACUGUCAUAGGUCUAGUGUUGGCCACCCCUUUGCUGGUAAUCUUCAGCCCGGUUCUUGUCCCGGCUGCCAUAGCCUUGUUUCUGAUAUUUGCAGGGUUCUUGGCUUCAGGAGGGUUUGGCGCAUCUGCCAGUUUUGUAUUUUACUGGAUGUAUAGAUAUGCCGCUGGGAAACACCCAAUCGGGGCGGACGAGCUCGAUCGGGCUACAGAAAAGCUUGCACAUACUGCCCAUGAUAUGGAGGAGAAGGCGGAGCAAUUUGGGCAGCAUCACAUCAAGGGUAGCCAAGAUAUUUGA